GUAGAAUGCCACCGAAAAAAGCUCCCGCCAAAAAGCUGCACGAGUUGGCUGCUGAAGUUCGUGUUGGUCAUAAAAUCAAUGAUAUCAGCAAAAAGACAUUCAUCGUUGGAAAACAGUUUGCCACCGGUGGAUUCGGACGAAUUCAUACGUGUACCGAAGAAGGAAAAUCGCAGCAAAUGGUGAUGAAAAUUGAACCAUCCACAAAUGGACCGCUUCUCACAGAAGUUGUAGUGUUCAACAGAAUUCUCAAAAAGGAAUUAAUUGAAUCUUAUAAGAAGAAAAAGAAAAUUAGCUGGAUCGGUCUUCCAUACCUCAUUGCCAAUGGAUAUUUUACAUACGAAUCGGAAAAAAUGCGAUAUAUGAUCAUUCCGAAGUAUGCAACAUCAUUGGAAGCUGUAAGAGAGACUAACGGUGGUACUCUGGCUAUGAAGGAUUCAUUGACUGUCGCGAGCUGUAUUCUUGAUGCUCUCGAGUACUUGCAUGAAUCGGACUAUGCUCACGCAGAUGUAAAGGCUGCCAACAUUCUUCUAGAAAAACAAGGAGUGUAUUCAACAGCCGUUCUUGUGGAUUUUGGUUUAGCUCAUCGCACUACGAACAACGUCGACAAGCCUGAUAAGAAACGAGCUCACAAUGGAACAUGCAUCUUCACCUCAACUGACGCACAUCGUGGUAACAAUCCAUCAUUCCGUGGUGAUAUUGAGAUUCUUGCCUAUAAUCUGAUGAUGUGGGCAACUGGCACAUUGCCAUGGAUGGCUCUCGAAUCGUCCCCCGAGAAGGUUUUUGAUGCCAAACAGAAGUUCAUUGCUGGAUUGCCAGGCACCUUGCAGAAUGUACUUAAGAACGAAUCAUCUGCCGUCGUUGGUUGUAUUGCAUCAAUGUUCGAUAUAUCGAUGAAAACCAACUACACUGACAAAGUUGAUAUGGGAAAGCUGAAGAAAUUGGUGACAGACGCUAUUCAGAAAACUUCAAGUGAUGGUAAAAAGACGCCAACGAGACAGAAGAAACUCGCCGAAGAAGAUAAAAAUGCAGUGACACCAAAAAGAAGUACCCGGAGAUUAGCUGUGAAAGAAGAGAGUGACAAUAAAGAUAAUGAUGAAGUGGAAGUUAAACCGGAAAAGAAAGCUACUCCCAGAAAGAGAACUACUCGAAAAGCUGUGGAAGUCAACAAUGAUUCAGAUGACAAUGAAGAACAAUAUGAAAAUCCAAAAUCAAAGUCAUCGAGAACUCAAACAAAAUCCAAGAGAGCAAAGGAAGAGGAUGUCGACGAUGAAGAGGAAAUCAUCAUUCCGAAGUCGUCAAGAUCUCGAAGUAAAGUACAAUUAUCUGGAGAAGGAUCAGAUGUCACGACGCCGUCUUCAGCUGCAUCUACUUCGAGAAGUCGCAGUAUUCGUCUAGGAUUAACGUCAUCAACUGCUUCUUCUAAUAAAGUUGCCAAAAAAAUCGAGCAAAAGUACAAGCGUUUGUCUAUGAACAAAUCUUCUCUCGUUCCCGUAACAAUUUCUGUUGCAUCCGAUAAAUCUCCAACAACCUCAACUCCUUCGAGUUCGUCUGGUCUCAGAUCCAAAAGAAAAUCCAGUGAAGAUGUUGGCGAAGGAAUAACUCUGAAGACACAAGUGCUAAUUACUCCAGCUAUUAAAAAAGCGAAGACAAAGAGUGGAAUUUCUUCAGCAACAAAAGCAAGCCCAACCGAGUUGAGAAGAGUUCCUGGCGUCAGAAAUUUUCCAAAAGGCAGACGAUCGAUGAUUAUCAAAGAGACCAGUGCGAAGUAUAAAGAACGUCUUGCUUCUCGUCAAACAAAGCCAACAUUUGAUGAUUCGAGCUGCUCGUCGGAAGUGUAAACCAUUGGAAUCUUCAAUCGAGUCACAUUGCAUCCCAUAAUUUCGUCUAUUGAUUCCUCUAACGUGUCUAUUUUCCCUGUCUUACAGUCUCUUUCAUUAUUAUAUGUUUCGAGCUCUCAACAGGCAUUAAUUGUUUUUAGAUCUCCAAUUUUUUGCAACUUAUCAUUCUGUUUUGAUGUACUAUCGUUUUUUAUCCCUUCUCCAUCUCUUCGUCCUUUUUUGGCUUAUCAUCACUGACAUGAUGUCCAUCAGCGACGAGUUCCCCUUUUCCACUUUUUUUUGUUAUCGACGAUCCCUCUUCUCUGAUCCCCCUUUCACUUCCCAUUCUCAAAUUUUGUGAAAUUACUACUGAUUGAAUUGAUGAAUUUAACUGAACUGUG